AUGCGGACGACUAUCGACCUUAUCACAUAUAAAUACCCGUCUCAACCCACUCGCACAAACCAAGCAAUAUCUGGCAACGACAACCCCGGAAACUUUGCGAACCGUCCCAAGGACGAAGUCAAGGCCGCAGCACAGAAAGGUGGAGAGCACCCCCAUAGCGGCGGUUUCGCAUCUAUGGAUGCUGACAAGCAACACGACAUCGCCUCUAUGGGCGGCAAGGCCUCAUCUGGCAGUUUCGAGCCCGGCAGUGAGAAGGCUAAGGAGGCCGGCAGGAAGGGUGGACAAUCGUCUUAG